AUGGUCACCAAGGACUCUCCAAUUCCCACAUUGCACGAUACGCAUAGCGGUACUCCAGUUCGACUUCUCAGUGUAGCAAAAGAACAUAAAGAUCGGCUAUACUCCAACAAGACUGUUCCUCCCAGCGUCCCCCGCAAACAAGAAGUCCCAGUUCUACCUCCAGAUGUCUCCAGACCAGCAUUCAACAUAGCCAUCUCGGACUUAAAACGUCUUCUCGGAGAUGAGCAUGUCGAAGUCAACGACAAGCCACUCGUUGAUGGGUGGUAUAUGGAACAGCCAAACACCCACGAUGCAUUUCACAUUCUUGAACAAGAAGAUCUUGUCAGCUGUGGUACCGCAUAUCCAGGUUCAACAGAAGAUGUCCAAACAAUCGUAAAAUGGGCAAACCGGCAUUUGAUCCCCGUCUAUCCAAUCUCAAUGGGUCGGAAUCUAGGCUACGGUGGCGCUGCCCCCCGUCUUCGUGGAUCCCUUCUCGUCGACCUCGGAAAGCGCAUGAACCGCGUUCUUAACAUCGACGGCCAUAACGCCAGCUGUCUUGUCGAACCCGGUGUUUCAUACUUCGCAUUGUAUGAAGAAGUUCAAAAGACCGGAUAUCCACUCUGGAUCGAUACACCCGAUCUCGGCGGCGGUAGCGUUGUUGGUAAUGCUUUGGAUCGUGGUGUCGGAUAUACACCCUACGGUGACCAUUUCGCCGUCCAUUGCGGUAUGGAAAUCGUUCUUCCAAAUGGCGAAGUACUACGUACCGGAAUGGGUUCCCUCCCCGGUGCCGAAGGUACCGACAACCCGUGCUGGCAAGCUUUCCAACAUAACUAUGGUCCUUCAGUCGAUGGAUUGUUCUCGCAAAGUAACUUUGGAAUUGUUACAAAGAUGGGGAUGUGGCUUAUGCCCGCUACUGGUCAUCAAUCGUUUAUGUUUACAUUUGUGCGAGACGAUGAUUUCGAGGCUAUUAUCGAGGCUCUUAGACCCUUGGCUUUGAACAGAGUUAUCGGAAACGUUCCGCAGAUCAGAAAUGUCAUCCAGGAGCUCGCAGUUACCGGCAAGGGCAGAGCCGAGUUCUACGACAAAAAGACACCCAUGCCACGAGAGGUUAUCAGGGAACAUGCCAAGAAGAUGCCAUUCGGCGAUGUUUCGUGGUUCUUUUACGGAACUGUUUACGGAGACGACGAGACUAGAGCCAAGUCUUUGGGAAUUAUUAAGGAGGCGUUCAAAAAGAUCCCCGGUGCAAAGUUUAAUUUACCAGAGGAUAUGCCUGUGGGUCAUUACUUGAGGGAUAGAGUAGAUGUCUGCAGUGGGAAGCCGGUUCUUAGGGAAUUGGAUUGGUUGAAUUGGGUCCCCAAUGCGGCACAUUUGUUCUUCUCGCCAAUUGUUCCUACUAAAGGACGGGACGCGAGGUUGGUGCAUGAAUUGGUCACGAAGUUGCAUAAGAAGUGGGGCUUUGAUUCCUUUCCAACAUGGUGUGUCUUGGGCCGCGAACUCCACUAUAUCGCCAACAUCGUCUACGACCGCGCAGACCCGGACGCAAAACGUCGCGCAAUCUGCCUUAUGCGUGAGAUGAUUGGAAAGGCUGCAGACGAGGGAUAUGGAGAGUAUAGAACACAUUUGAUUUUCCAGGAUCAAGUUGCUGCUACAUACGGAUGGAACGGUCAGGCUCUUAACAAGUUUGUUGAGACGAUCAAGGACGCAGUUGACCCUAAUUCUAUCAUUGCACCUGGAAGAAACGGUAUUUGGGGGCACAGGUACAAGGGUAGGGGGUUUGAGAUGUUGCCUGGUCAAGAGGAGAGGAAGACUUUGACAGGGCUGCCGCCGCAGGCGAAGUUGUAG